AUGACGCGACAGACUACGUACGCAGCCCUGCCGCUGGACAAAUCUCACGCCGCGGGACACCCGCUUGACCGCGCAAACCUGCUCUCUCGAUGCACCUACGCGUGGGCCAACCCGGUCGUGCGCCUCGCCAACGAGCGCCAGCUCCACGCGGCCGACAUCUGGCCGCUCCCGGACCGCUUCAAGUGUGCCGCGAUCCGCACCACGUUUCUUCCGACGUACGACAAGGGGAACAAGUCGCUCCUUCGCGCGAUCCUCGUGGUUUUUGGCCCGAGAGCCGUGUGCAUUGGCUUUUUGCAGCUUGUUGCGAUGGCGUGCACGCUCUACGGGCCUGUUGUGCUCCAGCAAGUCGUCUCGGCCGUCGAGACGUCGUCGGUGGACUUUGCCACAUUGCUGCACCCGAUCCUGCUUCUCUUUCUCGUCAAGGUCGGACAAGCCGUGCUGCAGACACAAACGUCGCUUCAAAACGAUUUGCUCUAUCUCAACCUCACGUCGGCGCUUCAAGACCUUUUGUACAACAAAACAAUGGCACUCGACGCCCGCCGUCGCAAAAACCCGGGCGAAAUCGCCAACCAUUUUUCGACCGACAUGAUGUGGAUCCUCGCCGUCUCGUACCGCGCCAACCAGAUCUGGAUCAUCCCGCUCCAGAUUUCAGCGCUCUUGUACAUGUUGUGGCAGCUCCUCGGGUCGGCGAUGGUCGUUGGCAUGUUUGUCAUGGCGGCGACCUUGUACAUCAACCGGCUCGUGGCCACGCGUCUCCACAUUAGCUUCAAGCGACUCAUGGACUGCAAGGAUGCGCGCAUGAAGACGGUUAACGAGGUCUUUGGCGCCAUGCAAAACAUCAAAUUCCAUGCGUGGGAAGAGCGCUACAGCUCCAAGCUCACGCAGCAGCGCGACGCUGAGCUCCAAGCGCUGUGGUCGCAGUCGCUGGUCGCGUCAUUGACCAUCACGAUCAACGGCGCCGGCCCGAUCCUCUUGACGACUGUCUCGUUCACCGCCUAUGUAAUCUGGAUCGGCGAGACACUGACCGCCACCAAGGUCUUCACGGCGCUCAGCCUCUUCUCGAUGAUCAAGGCGCCCAUGAUGUUGCUGCCUACGAUCAUCGCCAACUGGAUGCAGGCGUUUGUCUCGUACGGCCGCUUCACUACAUUUCUGAACGCGCCGGAACUGGCGACCAACACGAUCUCGCCGCAUGUCUCGGCCAACGAUAUGGCGAUCGAGAUGACAGACGCGUCCGUUGGCUACGACGCCGACAAGCCACCGCUCUUUUCGAGUGUCAACCUCGUCGUCAAGCGUGGCGCGUUUGUCGUGGUCCACGGCGUGGUCGGCGAAGGCAAGUCGUCGCUCUGCCACGUUCUGCUCGGUGAACUUGACAAGUACAAUGGAUCGGUCGGCGUCAGCGGCCGCAUUGCCUACUUUGCGCAGCAGCCGUGGCUUCAAAACAUGACGAUCCGCGAAAACAUCCUCUUUGGCCAUCCGUACGACCGCAAAAAGUACAAUGCGGUCCUCGAAGCGUGCGCGUUGACCAAGGACCUGACGCUCUUUGCGGCCGGCGACCGCACCGAGAUUGGCUCGAAAGGUGUCAACGUCAGCGGCGGUCAAAAGGCGCGCAUUGCGCUGGCGAGAGCGUGCUACAGCGACGCCGAUAUCUUCCUUUUGGACUCGCCCUUGUCGGCCGUCGACGCGAUCGUCCAGAACGAGAUUUUUACCAAGUGCUUUCUCGGUCUCCUCCGGCACAAGACGGUCUUGCUGGUGACGCACUCGCCCGACAUCAUCGCGUCACCGUACGUGGAUCAGACGAUUGAGGUCAGAGACGGGACGCUCAUUCCGUCGGAUGUCAAUGGGAGCACCAACAAGGCGGACCACCCGAUCCUGCUCACGCCCUUCAAGGCACACAGCGCCAUGCGUGACAGCGACGAUGCAACCUUGGACAACGACGCGUCAUUGACGAUCGAUGACAGCUACGUCAGCCUUGAGUAUGCUGAUACGCUAGUUUCGCCGUGCGUGCAGUCGGGUUUUGGCGACGCCGUGUACCAAAAACACCUCUUCACGCCGGCAAGCAGCGCGUCACCAGCCGUGACGUAUAACGAAGCGAGUACGCUGGACAAUGCGACCGGCAAGCUCGUCGUUGACGAAGAGCGCAACCACGGCCGCGUCUCCAAGGUCGUCUUCCUCUCGCUCUGGCAAAGCCUUCAGGUCGGCAGCGAUCUCUGGCUCAGCGCCUGGACGAGCGACAACGCCACGCCGACCGCGUUCCACGAUGGCGCCACGUACCAUAUUUCCGUCUACGCGUGCCUGGCGCUCGGAUCGGUGCUCAUGAUCGCAGUGCGGUCGCUCACAGUCUCGUGGUGCGGCAUGCGUGCGUCCAAGGUGCUCUUCAACCAGCUUACGCAGUCGCUCCUUCGGGCGCCGAUGCGGUUCUUCGACACGAACCCGGUUGGGCGCAUUCUCAACCGGUUCAGCGGCGACAUGAGCCAGAUCGACGGCCGCAUCUCGUUCGCGUUGGGGUACUUUCUGGCGACGCUCUUCACGCUUCUCUUUGCAGUCGGCACGACCAUGGUGGUGAUCCGCAGCUGUAGCGUCCUCUUGCUACCCCCGAUGCUCAUCUACUACUCGGUGGGCGCUCGCUACGUCCAACCCGCGCGCGAGAUUGAGCGCUUGAACAAGACGACGCAGUCCCCGCUCAUGACGCACAUAUCCGAGUCGAUCGAAGGCACCGUUCUCGUUCGCGCGUUUGGCGGCAAGCAGGUCCGACGCUUUGAGCGCCUCCACAUGGCCCACGUCAACCACGCGGUCGAACUGAUGUUUGCCGAAUCGCUUUUGAGUCAGUGGUUUACGUUCCGCGUCCAAAUGAUCUCGGCGUGCAUGCUUUUGGCGACCACGUUUUCGCUGCUGUAUCUCCGCAGCUACCUCACGGCCGGUUUGAUUGGCCUUGUCUUCAACUAUGCGCUCCAGAUUACGGCGAGCCUCGAAGGCAUGGUCGCGGUGUGGUCUGACCUCGAGUCGGCCAUGGUCGCCCCCGAACGCAUCGCCGAGUACAUCAACAUCGAACCAGAGGCUCCGCGGUACAUGUGUGGCGCGGCACCGGCAGCUUGGCCGGCGUCCGGACGCCUUGCGUUUGAGAAUGUCAGCUUCCGCUACAAGCCCAACGACCCGCUCGUGCUCAAAGACCUUAGCUUUGACAUUCGGUCGGGCGAGAAGAUUGGUAUCGUUGGUCGCACGGGAGCCGGCAAGAGUAGUUUGACCAUGGCGCUCUUCCGCAUGGCCGAGCUCGCAUCCGGCGUCAUCUCGAUCGACGGCAUCGACACCAAGAGCGUCGGCCUCAAAACGCUGCGCCAAAGCAUCGCCAUCAUUCCUCAAAAUCCGACUUUGUUCCAGGGCACGCUACGCGCCAACUUGGACCCGUUCGACGACUACGCCGACGACCAGCUCAGGGACGUACUUGCCAAAGUGCACAUGGACGCCCGUGUCUCGAUCGAAGCGCUCAAGCUCAACAGUCCGAUCGAAGACAACGGCGAAAACUACUCGGUGGGCGAGCGCCAAAUGCUGUGCAUGGCGCGCGCGCUCUUGCGGCAGAGCAAGAUUGUGGUGCUCGACGAAGCGACGGCGGCGAUCGACCAUGCGAUGAACCAGAACCUGCAGCAAGUGAUGCGAACCGCGUUUGAAAAUUCAACCGUCCUCACCAUCGCGCACCGCCUCGACACGGUCCUGGAUGGCGACCGCAUCAUGGUGCUGGACCAGGGCCACAUGGUGCAGUGCGAUACACCGCUAGCGCUUCUCGAGGCCGGCACGGGCAUCUUCUUUGAGCUCUGCGAAGAAGGCGGCUAUUUGGAUCGCAUGCGGUCGCCGACGAUGACAACUGAAUCGUCACCUGACGCAGACGUCAAUAUCAUGACAUAA